AUGCAGCAAAGUGUUCUGAAUGGGGUGGUGGACGAUGUGACAUCCAUCAUUUCAGACAUUGACGGCACGUUGGUGCACUACGCGGCAGUGAUGCGUGGGCUCGGGUAUGAGCCGCUAAGCGGUGAGGAACAGUCCCUUGAAGAAGAGGCAUACUUGCAGAAAGAGGAGGAGGAGCAACAACAGCAGCAGCUGCAGGAAGAAAAGGGAAUGAACCAUACACCUUUGUGUACCAACAUUGACAGCAGCGAGGAUGUCGUGCGGCGCCUUCUUCGUUGGCGCUACACACCGCAGGCGCGUCGCACACGUUUUGCCACACUGCCGAUGCAGCUGUGGCGCCACCGCCCAAGUGGGCGUGUGCUGCGCAUGUACGAAUUGUACAACGUAACCCUCCAAGGGGCCCUCAUCUCAGAGGAUACGGUGCUCCUCCUUGAAUUGCUGCAGAAUUUGCCACAGGUGGUAGUUACCGACGGCUGCGUGCUUCGGCCGGCGGACUCCGUCAUGGUUACCCUCAUCACCGGCGCACGCGUCACGACAUACCGCGGCCGCCGCACGAGUGGGGCGCUGCCGCAGGCCACAUACGAGGCGUGUGAAGGUGGCGGCAAACUGUGGUGCCGUCGUCGGCCCCAGACAGCCGUUAACGCCCCACCUGUUGAUGCUGCUGCUGCUGAUCGUGGUGACGCGGUCUUGCCAAUGCUGUAUCCGCACGACGCGGAGGUGCCACUCGACGCGGUGUGGCUGCAGCGCUUCAGCGCCGUCACGGGUGCAAGUGCGUCGGCUGAAGAGGCACCAAAGAGGGGGCCGCUGUGGGAGGUGUGCGAGCUGGUGCGUGGGGACGGCUUCACUGUCGACGACAGGGCGACGACAACAUCUUUUUUUAUCGACAUCGCCAACAGCCCAGCCGUGGUGAGCGGCGGCCGCUUCGCCAACGCGACGGAGGCGGAGCACUACUUGAUUCGGCGGUUUGAAACGACGUGGGGCCCGCCAUAUGGGGUCGUGAUGCACGUCAACCUGGGCAAGGGCCACGUGCACGCGGCAGGUUGCGGCAAGAAGGAGGUGAUGGAGUACAUUCUGCAUGAGUGCGAGGCUGCAGCAGUGCCGCGGUGUGUGAAGGCACACGCGGUGGCACUUUUCGACGACUGUAACGAUCUCCCCUUUGCAAUGGAGUGUGGUGUUGGUAUACUGCCAUCCGUUGCACACGAAAAGGUGCUGUGGUAUGGGGGGUGGGAAAGUACGACAAAAGGAGAAGCCCCCGCCGCUACAGCCGGUACUGCUGAAGCGCGGCGCCGAGCGUGGUUUCGCCCACCAUACGAUGGGCCACUCGGAGCGGAAUGGGCGUUGCAGCAAAUUCUCCUCUUUCUCAUGACGAAGAACAAGAGCGCAAAGGAGGAUCGCUGA